AUGGCUAAAACUAGAUCAAAGGGACCAAUUUCUCCCGGUACACCACUUUCUGAUAAAAUGAAGAAGAUAAAAACCAAAUCAUCUGUCGAAGCAUCACCUAGUUUAAGAAAAGUCAAAGAAGGUAAAAUUGAUAAGAAAGUAAAGAAAUCACCAAAAAAAAUUCAUCCUGUUGAAGAAGAAACCAUUGAAGAAUCUGGUGAAUUAGUUUCUAACAAAGUUGCUCAAGGUGCUUUAAAAGAAUUAAAGAAAUAUGUUGAAACUCAAGAAAAACCUAACAAACUGGAAUUAUUUGACGAUGAAGACGAUAAAAAUGUUUACUUACAAAUUACUACCAAGAAGUAUUUCUCUGAUAAACCAAAUUUUAAACCAAAAGUUAUUAAAUUAUCACAUUCAAUCAUUUCCAAAUCAUCAGAUUCCGAAGAUUUCAAAACCUGUUUAAUACUUAGAGAUCAAUUAAUUACUGAAAACAGUCAACUUGAAAAAAUUGAAGGUGAAAAUAUUUCUACUUUAAGUAAAAUUUUAACUUUAAAAGAUAUCAAAACUGAAUACAAACCUUUUGAAAAGAAAAGACAAUUAUAUAAUGAUUAUGAUUUAUUCUUAGUUGAUGAUGCUUUGUUGAAUUCCAUGCCAAGUUUAUUAGGUAAAGUGUUCUAUAAUAAGGGUAAUUCUAAGGUUCCAUUACCAAUUAAAGUUGUCUCAAGUUCCAAUCCUAAACAGUUCUCAGUUCAAACUUUCAAAAAUCAAUUAGAAAAAUGUUUAUCAUCAACUUUCUUCUUACCACCAAUGGGAGUUAAUAUUUUAAUCAAAUUUGGUAUAAUAAAUAAGAAUUUGGAUAAUGAAUUAGUUGAAAAUUUACAAGAUAUCUUAAAGACUUUCAAUAAAGAUUCUUUGAGAUCAGUCAUGUUAAAAACUUCAACUUCUCCUGCAUUACCAUUAUUUUAUAAUGAUAAAAUUUAUGAUGAUUCAGACAUAUUAAAGGCUAAAUCUAAGAAAGAAAAAUCUAAUGAAUUAUCAGCAUUCGAAAAAGGUUUAUUGGAAAUUGGUGAUGUUGAUGAAGUUACUAAGAUUGUGGGUAGUAAAUUAUCAAGAAAAUUGAAAAACCAAUCAUAA